CAGGCCAACAAGCAAGCCAACGAAAACCUAGAUCGCCGCCCUGAUGGCGCUGCGUUCUCUCCUGAGAAAGAUGCCUGCCCUCGGUCUCAGGUCGCCGGCGGGUCCCCAUAUGGGGCCCGUCCACGCGCUCUCGCCGGCUCGCCAUAUGUCGUCCCCCCUUCCUCCGGAUCCUUCUCCGAGGCUUCGCAAGGCAUUUGAGAAGAUGGACCAAGCGAUAGCCAGGGAAACAAAACUUUACAACGAUUCGAUCACAACCUUUUACAGCGGUUGGGACAAAUGCGAUAAGAAAGUAAAGUUAUAUACCUAUGCGGUCCAUGCCUAUGCGGUAUUCAUGGUGCUCGGGCCUCUGUUUUAGGCGUCCUGUACCAGUUAUGAUGAUUACUGUAUCAGUUAUAAAGAUUAGUACAAGUAUUGUGUAGGUGCUAGGAACUGAAUAGAAUGUAAAUUGGCUUCCCAAGUUUGUUCUAAGUUAAAUUUAUGUAAGUUACUUCUGUUCCAAAAUAAUUUAUCUUGUAGUUUUGUUUUAAGUUAAAUUUUUGUAAAUUUUGUUGGGUUUAAAGAAAGUGUGUCCUACAAUCCCAAAUCUAUAUAGUAUGAAAAUAAAACCAAUUUGAUGUUCAUAUAUUUUUCUGUAAACAUGGUAAAUUGACUUGGACAAACCUAGAACAUCAAUUAUUUUGGAGCAGAGGUGGUUUGUGUAAUAGUGUAAUAAGAAC